AUGGAGAGAAUUAAAGAUCACUUGUUGUUAGAAGAGGAGUUUGUACAAAAUCAGGAACGUCUGAAACCGACUGAUGACAAGAUUGCUGAAGAGAGAAGCAAGGUAGAUGAGAUGAGAGGAUCUCCAAUGGGUGUUGGUACACUAGAGGAGCUCAUUGAUGAUGACCAUGCUAUUGUAUCAUCAGCCUCUGGACCAGAAUAUUACGUUUCAAUCCGAAGCUUUGUAGAUAAGGACUUGUUGGAACCUGGUUGUUCUGUAUUGUUACAUCAUAAAUCCGUGAGUGUGGUAGGCGUGUUACAAGAUGAUGCGGAUCCAAUGGUUUCUGUGAUGAAAUUGGAUAAAGCACCCACAGAGUCAUAUGCCGAUAUUGGUGGUUUGGAGACACAGAUACAAGAAAUCAAAGAAGCUGUGGAACUUCCUCUUACGCAUCCAGAAUUGUACGAGGAAAUGGGUAUCAAGCCACCAAAGGGUGUUAUCCUUUACGGUGCUCCAGGAACCGGUAAGACUUUACUUGCGAAGGCAGUAGCAAAUCAAACCAGUGCGUCCUUUUUACGUAUCGUUGGAUCAGAGUUGAUUCAGAAAUAUCUUGGUGAUGGUCCAAGAUUGUGUAGACAAAUCUUCCAGAUCGCAGCUGAACAUGCUCCUUCGAUUGUAUUUAUUGAUGAAAUCGACGCCAUUGGUACCAAAAGAUACGAAUCUACUUCUGGUGGUGAAAGAGAAAUUCAACGAACAAUGUUGGAAUUAUUGAACCAAUUAGAUGGUUUUGAUGAUCGUGGUGACGUCAAGGUUAUUAUGGCCACGAACAAGAUCGAAUCUCUGGAUCCUGCUCUGAUUCGUCCUGGUCGUAUUGACCGUAAGAUUUUGUUUGAGAACCCCGACCCUUCGACCAAGCGGAAAAUUCUACAAAUCCAUACCAGUAAGAUGAGCCUAAACGAUGAUGUAGAUCUCGAUGAGUUUGUCAGUUCGAAGGACGAUCUUUCUGGAGCUGAUAUUAAAGCUAUUUGUACCGAGGCUGGUCUGCUUGCUCUUCGAGAGAGACGUAUGAAAGUGACUGCUGAAGACUUCCGCAGUGCUAGAGAGCGUGUCAUGAAGAACAAGGUCGAAGAGAACCUCGAGGGUCUUUACUUGUAG